AUGACCAACGCGGCUGCUGCCCCACUCCUAACAGGCAGCCAGGAGGCCGAGCCGGCGAAGCAGCCAUCCAUCGAUGACGUGAUCGAGACGUACAUCGGCGCCACCCGUUUCCUGCAGCUGCUCAAGGCCGUCUUCGUCGCCUUCGCCUGGGCCUUCGACGCGCAGCAGGUGUUCAUCUCCGCGUUCACGGACGCCGAGCCCCACUGGCAUUGCCUCGCCGCCUCCACCGGCAACAACUCCUCGUGCUCCCCAGCCGCGGCCUCGCCGUGCGAUCUCCCGCCGGGCUCAUGGGCAUGGGACCGGCCUGCCGUGGCCUCGUUGGUCUCCGAGUGGGCCCUCAACUGCGCUGGCCCGGCGCUCGUCUCCCUCCCGGCGUCGUCGUUCUUCGUCGGCUGCCUCGCCGGCGGGUUCCUCCUCACGACGCUCGCGGACUCCCUCCUCGGCCGCAAGAAGAUGCUCCUCGUGUCUCUGGUGUCUAUGUCUGUAUCCGGCGUGCUCACCGCCUCCGCGACCAACGUCUGGGCGUACGCCGCCCUACGGUUCGUGUCCGGCUUCUUCAGGUCGACGGUGGGCACGUGCGCGCUGGUCCUGUCGACGGAGCUCGUCGGGAAGAGGUGCCGCGACAGGGUGAACGUGGCGUCCUUCUUCUGCUUCGCCGUCGGGUUCUUGUCCCUCCCGGCGCUCGCCUACGCGUUCCGUGACGCGUCCUGGCGGAACAUGUACCUCUGGACCUCCGUGCCUUGCCUCUGCUACUCCAUUCUGGUCUACUUCCUUGUCCAGGAGUCGCCGCGGUGGCUGCUGGUACGCGGCCGGAAGCAGGAGGCCGUCGAGGCGCUGCGGCAGAUCAUCUCGCUCAACGGGAGGAGCGACACGACGGCCGCCAGCUUCUGCAUGCUGGACGCGUGCGCCGCGGACGCGGACAGCGCCGGCGGGGGCGUUUUCGCCACGCUGCGGGCCGUGUGGGAGCGGCGGUGGGCGCUCCGGAGGCUGGCGGCGAUGAUGGCGGCCAGCUUCGGCGUGGGGAUGGUCUACUUCGGCAUGCCGCUCAACGUCGGCAGCCUGGGAUCCAACCUCUACCUGAGCGUCGCGUACAACGCGCUGGCCGAGCUGCCGUCGGCCGCCCUCGCGUGCGUCCUCAUCAGCAGGACCGGCAGGCGGGGCUCGGUGAUCGCACUGGCCGCGGCGUCGGGGGCGUGCAGCCUCGCGUGCGCCGCCAUCCCGCGGGGCGCCGCGGCGGCGAGGAUGUCCGCCGAGGUGCUGUCCUUCUUCGCGGCGUGCACGGCGAUCGACGUCAUGCUGGUCUACUCCACCGAGCUGUUCCCGACGUCCGUGCGCAACUCGGCGGUGGGGCUGGUGCGGCAGGCGAUGGUGCUGGGCGGCGUGGCGGCGCCCGUGCUCAUCGCGCUGGGCCGCGAGAGGAGCUUAUUCUGGUCGUUCGGCGUGUUCGGGAUCGCCAUCGGGUGCUCCGCGCUGUUCGUCGCCUGCCUGCCGGAGACGAUGGGGAAAAGCAUGUCGGACACCAUGGAGGAGGAUGAGGAGCGCAACGAGGCCGUUGUCGCGUCUUGCACCGGCGCGACCGCCGGUACCACCGAUAGCCACAGCUACAUCGUGUAAUCUCGCGUGUUCAUGCAUGUUGGUUUCACGGUACAGUAGUUGUUCCUGCUGGACGGAGAGAUCCCGAUGCCGUCCGUUUUCCUAGCGAACGAUCUAGAUUCACUGCACGAGAUCUCUAUCCGUCUCUGCUUCUAGGUCAACCACGUACUCCUGGCAGCGUGUCACUCGUUUGACAUGUAAACAGAAGUCCAGUUGAUGCUUAAUAACUUGGGAUAGUCGGGCCCGUUUGGAUCC